AUGUUUUCCCCGAGAGACAUGCCUUCUCCCUCCUCAAUCUUCUCAGCCUACGCUUCCAUGACAGCCUCUAUCAUGCUCCUGCGUUCCAUGGCCAACGAGCUCAUUCCCCAACCAAUCCGUGGUUACCUUUGCAACGCCUUCCGCUACCUCAUCAAGCCUCGCUCCCCUACCCUCACCCUCAUCAUCGAAGAGUCCACCGGCAUAGCCCGUAACCAAGUCUACGACGCUGCCGAGGCUUACCUCUCCACCCGCGUCAGCCCAGAAAACGAGAGGCUCAAGAUCAGCAAGAGCCCCAAGGAGAAGAAACUAACCAUUCGCUUAGAAAAGGGUGAGAAGGUGGUGGACUUCUUCAACGGCGCGUGCUUCAAGUGGAGAUUCAUCUGUGCGGAAUCCGAGAAGAACAACCCAAACGACCACACCAACAACAUCUCCGUAAGAUCCGAAAAGCGGUCUUUUGAGCUGAGCUUCCCGAAAAAGCUCAAGGAAAUGGUGCUGGAAACCUACCUGCCCUUCAUUCUGGAGAAGGCGAAGGAGAUGAAAGAAGAGGAACGCGUGCUGAAGAUGCACACUCUCAACACCUCCUACUGCUACAGCGGGGUGAAAUGGGACUCCAUAAACCUGGAGCAUCCUUCCACGUUUGAGACGCUGGCGAUGGAGCCGGAGCUGAAGAAUGCGGUGAUAGAGGACUUGGACAGGUUCGUGAAGAGGAGGGAGUUUUACAAGAAAGUUGGGAGGGCCUGGAAACGUGGCUACUUGCUCUAUGGCCCUCCUGGGACUGGCAAAUCCAGCUUGAUCGCUGCCAUGGCUAAUUACUUGAAAUUUGACAUCUUUGACCUCCAACUUGGGAACAUUGUGAGGGACUCUGACCUCAGAAAACUGCUUCUGGCUACGGCUAAUAGGUCCAUUUUGGUCAUUGAAGACAUUGAUUGCAGUGUGGAUCUCCCAGAGCGCCGCCAUGGAGAUGGACGUAAACAAACUGACGUACAGGCUCACAGAGGAUCUGAUGGAUGGAUGCAGUUGACUUUGUCGGGAUUACUAAACUUCAUAGAUGGGCUAUGGUCAAGUUGCGGAGACGAGAGAAUAAUCAUAUUCACGACAAACCACAAGGAGAGACUAGACCCAGCACUGUUGAGGCCCGGAAGAAUGGACAUGCACAUUCACAUGUCCUAUUGCUCCUACCAAGGCUUCAAGCUUUUGGCCUCAAACUACUUGGAAACUCCCUCUGACCACCCCCUCUUUGGGGAGAUAGAGGGGCUAAUAGAGGACAUACAGAUAACCCCCGCACAAGUGGCAGAGGAGUUGAUGAAGAACGAGGACGCUGAGGCCACACUUGAAGGAUUCGUGAAGCUACUAAAGAGGAAGAAGAUGGAGGGUGAUGUGUGUGAGAGUCCUGAGAAAGCAGAACCUCCCCAUCAGCAAUCCAAAAGACGCAAGGUUGGUUGCAGACAAAAACGUGGUGUUGGCAUUAGCAAGAGCAAUAGUGGUGUGACUCAAAGAAGGACAAGAAGAAUGAGAAGAGAAUGCAGUUUGUAA